GCUGUGUUGUGUUUAGACAUCGUUGUCGCCCCCGCGGCACAGGAUGUGAGGUAAGCCUGUAGGCCUAUCGCGUACAUUAGCGCCUUAGAGAGAUGAGGCAUGCAUCUAAGAAAGCGACACGCUUCAGGGACGCCUAGCUCUAGUGCACCCAAAACAGCACGUUUUAAGACAAUAACACUUCCACAACUAGUUGAAAGAGCUAAAGAAGCCAGAGACGCGAUAGAAGCGGCGGCGGCUGGAAUGUCCGGCAGCCGCAAUGGAUCGGGGCCUGCGGGCAGCAACCCGCAGCCGAGCCUCUCUGAUCUCAUGGCGGCGAUUCAAAACUUAGAGAACCGGCUGGACAAGCGGCUUGAGAAGAUCGAGACUAGGCAUGAUGAGAUGUGCACUGGUCUGGCCAAGGUGCAGUCGCGAAUGGAUACCCUGGAGGGGAGGCUGGAGGCGGUGGAAGCAAGCAGCACCAAGCAGUACGUGCAGCCCC